AUUUUUCUCGAACGACGCGAGGCAGGGACUGUGGAGCAAAGGACAUGGUGGCUUAGAUACUACAAGCCGUGGAUACAGCUCAUUCUGCGCCCAUCUCUGCUUUGCUUAGUCUCAUCAACUAACUAAAUAUUAAAGAUCCAAGAGCAAGAAUCAACGAGCGAGCAUUCUUUCUUCUUCUUCUUCACCGACGUCUGUUUUUCCAUAAAGAUAAAGCAAAAAAGAAGAGAAUAAAAGAAAGCGAGAUUGUGAGACUUUACAGAGAUAAAGUGAGGAAGAAGUUUUAGUUCUGUUUCUUUCAUCUUUGGCAAGAUUUCUUCUUACACUAAAACUCCCAUUUCUUUUUUCAUCUUCUCAGGCCUUCCUCAUUAUUGGAUUGGCUAUCAGAGAGAGUUUUGUGUCUGUUUCUGAUUACACAGAGAUGGGUGACCAUAGAAAUAUAUGGUCUUUCAUGGGGGUGGUCUUGCUAGUUACUUGCAUCAGUGGAGAAGAUCCUUAUAGAUUUUAUUCAUGGAAUGUCACCUACGGUGAUAUCUAUCCACUUGGAGAGAAGCAACAGGGGAUUUUAAUAAAUGGGCAGUUUCCAGGGCCACAGAUUGAGUCAGUCACCAAUGAUAAUUUGAUUAUCAAUGUUUUCAACAGCUUGGAUGAACCUUUUCUUAUUUCUUGGAAUGGCGUGCAGCAGAGGAGGAAUUCAUGGCAAGAUGGAGUUUAUGGCACCAACUGUCCCAUUCUACCUGGGCAGAACUUCACCUAUGUGCUCCAAGUGAAGGAUCAGAUUGGUAGCUACUUCUACUUCCCUUCCCUUGGCAUGCACAAGGCAGCUGGAGGCUUUGGUGGCUUCAAAAUUGCGAGCCGAUCCGUCAUUCCUGUACCAUUUCCUCCUCCUGCUGGUGAUUUCACCAUCCUAGCAGGAGAUUGGUUCAAGAGGAAUCACACUGAUUUAAGAGCAAUUCUAGAUGGUGGAAGUGAUCUUCCCUUCCCUGAUGGUGUACUGAUCAACGGUCGUGGAUCAAAUGGAUACACAUUUGCAGUGGAUCAAGGCAAGACUUACAGGUUCCGAAUAUCAAAUGUGGGUCUUACAACUUCCUUAAAUUUUAGAAUCCAAGGGCACAAGCUGUUGCUGGUAGAGGUUGAAGGAACUCACACUCUCCAGAAUACUUAUGACUCGCUUGACAUUCAUUUGGGACAAUCUUAUUCUGUGUUGGUUACAGCUGAUCAGCCAGCACAAGAUUACAAUAUUGUCAUCUCAACACGAUUUACCACCCAAGUGCUCACCACAACCUCCAUUCUUCGUUACAGCAAUUCAGCAGGAAGUGUUUCAGGUCCUCCCCCUGGUGGCCCAACUACUCAGAUUGACUGGUCUCUCGAGCAAGCUCGAUCUCUCAGGCGGAAUCUGAGUGCGAGUGGCCCUAGACCAAACCCCCAAGGUUCUUACCAUUAUGGAUUGAUCAACACAACACGUACAAUUAGAUUACAAAACACUGCUCCAAUCAUUAACGGCAAGCAGAGGUAUGCUGUAAAUAGUGUGUCCUUCAUUCCUGCUGAUACUCCACUUAAACUAGCCGACCACUUCAACAUCCAAGGAGUUUUUUCCCCCGGAAGCAUUCCUGACAAUCCCACUGGCGGUGGUGCUUACCUCCAGACUUCUGUCAUGGCUGCUGAUUUCAGAGGUUACGCUGAGGUUGUUUUUGAGAAUCCAGAAGACACUGUGCAGUCAUGGCACAUUGAUGGCCACAACUUCUUUGUUGUUGGAAUGGAUGGUGGGGAGUGGACACCAGCUAGCAGAUUAACUUAUAAUUUGAGAGACACAAUUUCUCGUUGCACUGUUCAGGUGUAUCCUAAGUCAUGGACAGCAGUUUACAUGCCUUUGGACAACGUGGGGAUGUGGAACGUGAGGUCUGAGAACUGGGCUCGCCAGUACUUAGGACAGCAGUUCUAUCUUCGUGUCUUUUCUCCGGCAAAUUCAUGGAGAGAUGAGUAUCCAAUCCCAGGAAAUGCUCUUCUUUGUGGUCGGGCAGUAGGUCGGAUGACUUAGAAUUAAUGAUCAGCACUCAGCAGGAUUGAUAGACAGUCAAGAAAGGUUGACUUAGUCUUGGAUUAAAUUUAGUAGUGCAGAGAUUUAGUGAAAACUUGAAGAGGCUCAACUUGAGCCAGUUUUACUUGAUAAUCUUUUUCAUGAAUUAUCUGUUUCUGGACUUCGUCUCAUGCAUUAUUCCCAGAUUUGUUUCUUCAUUCUCAUUGCUCAAAUUUGAAUGUUUAGGCGACGUUAUUGUUAUUGGAAAUUGGUAUUCAUUCUAUGUAAUUGAAAAAUCAGCCUUAUUUUCUAUUCA